GGCCUGCCCUGCCAGUCAAUCCUGGUAUAAAGAAAUGAAAAUGGGGAAUAUUCUAAUUCUGGGAAAAGCUAGGAAAAUUAAAUUAAUAAGAUAAUAAUGUUGUGAAGAUACAAAAAGAGUAGGGGAAUUCGAAUGGGGGAUAGCGAUCCUUUGCAAGCCAAGGUAUUGAGACUGAUUGAUAUCUAGAGAGAGUGAGAGAGAAAGACUGGAUUUCCAUUCCAAAUAUUCCAUGGAAUAGUACCCUUUUUUUUUUCUCGAAUUCCAACCAUUCCCUGGCAUAAACCACCAUUAUAUCCCUCGCUGGCACCUCCUUUUUCAUUCCCCAUUAUAAAGAUAAGGAAAAAAAGGACCCCUCUUUCCUCUCCCAUCGUUUCUCUCACUUUCUCUUUCUCUGGGGAGGAAAGGUCCCUGAUCCUUCUCUGCAUCCUUAAAUACAUAAGUUGCCCUUUUCACUUUCCUUCAAACUAUCAUCCCCCAAAAAAACUCUGUUACUUACUUUCUCUUUUCCUGCAAUUGUUUUUGCUUUUUCUGUUUUUGUUUAAUCUGACUGGUUGUAGUCUCUGCAAUUUUUUUAAACCUCUGAUCUUUCUAUCAAACCUAGAGGGAUCCUACUAAAAAGCCUAUAUUCUCUUCACACACUCACCCACAACACCCAUGCAAAUCAUGAGGCACUCAUGAUAUAAUCACAACAUUUCCCUUCGGUUCCUUUUCAGCUCUCUCUUCAUUUUUUCACCUUCGAAGUUCUAACCCCACUUUUCCUGUCCACUCUCUUCAUUCAUUCUCUCCAUUUUAGUUUCUUGUCUCGAUCGGUUAGCAUACCUCUUGCAGGGCCUUUUGACUAAGAUCUUCACCUUUUCCUUGUGUUCACAAGCUCAAAUACUAUAAUGAGAACCACACCUUUGCCUGAUCUAUCCUUGCAGAUUAGCCCACCAGCGGUUUCAUAUUGUAAGGCUAAGGAAAUGGCCUACGAUGGGUUAUCGAGAAAAUCAACCAAUAGUGAUAGAAGCUCAACGACUGAUUCUGGCAGCAGCGGAAGCGAUUUGAGCCAUGAAAAUGGAUAUAGUAAUCCCGGUUCUGGAGAGCCAACGUUGAGCUUAGGGUUUGAAAUGUCAGAUUUGGGUCCUUCCAAUUUACAGCAACCAAGAAACCUUCAUCAUCAUCACCAUCAAUAUCAGCCACAAAUCUAUGGUCGUGAUUUCAAGAGAAAUACAAGGAUGAUCAAUGGAGUGAAAAGAAGCAUUAGAGCUCCCAGAAUGAGAUGGACUACAACCCUCCAUGCUCAUUUUGUUCAUGCAGUCCAGCUACUUGGAGGACAUGAAAGAGCAACACCAAAAUCUGUCUUAGAGUUGAUGAAUGUCAAGGAUCUAACCUUAGCUCACGUGAAGAGUCACUUGCAGAUGUAUAGAACAGUGAAGAGCACUGACAAAGGAUCAGGUCAAGGGCAGACAGACAUGAGUUUGAACCAUAGGACAGGGAUUGUUGAUUUGGAUGGAAGACUAUCUUCCGGAAAAGCUGAUACCAACCCCUCUUAUUCUCUCAAACCAUCACCAAUCUCACCACAAUCGACACCACAAAGGACCCAAAGCGUUUCAUGGCUAUCCUCAACGGAGACAAAUAAUUUGAGCAUAUCAAGCAAUGGAAAUAGUUUGACUUUUAAGCCAAAUGAUGCUAAGGUGGAUGGAGACAAGGAAGUUCUUCAUGUGUCGGAUAGAAUGAAGGAGAGAUUAGAUUCCAGCUCCUUGUCACCUUCAGACAUGUUCCUUAACCUAGAAUUCACCCUCGGAAGGCCAAGCUGGAAAAUGGACUAUGCUGAAUCUUCAAAUGAGCUAACCCUUCUCAAGUGUUAGACACCAUAAAACCAGCUAAUAUAAUGUUUUUUCCUGUUAAAUUGGGGGAAAUUUCUAACUUGCAUGAACUAGCUUGUUCCAUGUUCUUUAAACUUCGUCAAGAAUAAAAAAGAGUGAAAGGAAGUUUCUGACUCUUGAUCACAUAUGAAAAUUUUUGCUGUACCCUUGUGAAUGUCGUCGAAACGCUCUUGUUCCAUAUAAUUUUGAUGCCAUUGUGGAAAAGCAACCGGUAUACUAAAAUCAAACAAUCAUCUUGAUAUUUCUGGGCCAUGGUCUAUGGUCCUUGCUAGCCUAGGGUUAUGCAGCCGUCCAGUAGGGUCCCCAACAAUGAACCGGUGGGUCAAGCCCUAGUGCAAAAUAUCUUGGACAGUUUAUGUCAAUCAAUUUCGCAUUCGGUGCUCUCUGCGAACAUUGAACUGGGUAUGGCCCUGCCUGCCUCCGUGACCAUGGAUAUGAUUGUAGCCAAGACUUGAAUGCUAAUGUCGCAUAGACGGAGCUGAGGGCUCUGGCCUUAGAAGUUGGAACGUAUGAUUUGAUAAGAGAUGGUCCAUACUCCAUAGUCCACACAUAUAACACGUUUACUGAAAAAUAGUAAUAAUGACCCUAUUUUUCAGAAUGAUCAUGAAUCAUGAUUGUUCUUCUUCAUAUUGCCAUACGAGCUGUGACCUUUUAUAUAGUACCAUUCCAGUAUCGAUACAUGCCGAGAAGAAGCUAAAGGGACCACCAAUUUUGGCUGGUUUUCAAUCGACUACUGGAUUAAUCCAAGAGUUUUAAAUAUCCAACUUACUUACUGGGAUUUCUUUGUUUUGGACUUGCCAGGAAAAAAAAACACUCCUAUAUAUGAUAAUUCAUACGGACAUGUAUAUUUCAUGUACAAAAUUACAAAUGUGUCGGCAAAAUAAGACUGCUGAUUAUAAAUUCUCCAUAUACAGCCAAAUUGUUUGAGGUCCCCUCCCCACCCCUGCUC